AUGAUAGAAAAAGCAACGUGGGAACGGCAGCACGAGCUUGCUGCCGAUAAGAUAUUCGCCUUGUGCUCUGACCUUGGAGGUUUCUUCCUCAAGGCUCCUCCUACCCCUUUUGAUGAAAUGAAACUAGUUUUGGAGAAUGAGCUAGGGCAUGAUACUCAUAAUGUGUUCGAGAGGUUCGAUGUUGAACCCCUAGGUUCUGCUUCAAUUGCUCAGAUCCGGGUGAAACUUCUGGCCUGCUAUCUUAUUUUCAUUGCCCUGAAUAAUUGGCAUCAUUUGGAUUGUGCUGCUGCUACUCAGGUCACUGGAGGGGUCUGUGACCGGCUAGGGACACGUGGGGCUAAAAGGAGAAACAUAGCUGAAAAACAAGUAAGCUCACUGCUAGAUAUAAGGUGCAAAGGUCUUGGGAACAGUGGGUUGCUUAUCUUCUGUAUGAUAAUUGAGCAGUUGACUGGAUACCAGGUACUUAUGCCUUUCUUCUCCGAGCAUGGUCGGAGGUUAAGCUUUCCUUUGUGUGAAGGUUAUAUUUUCUCCGAGAUUUCCUUUGUGUUGCGUGACAUUGUAUUAUUUGCGGUGCUGGAUCGAGAACAAGACUAUUUUGCCUUUGCUGAAGGAUCAAAGUGUAUGCUCCCAUUACAGUCAGCUAUGGAAUUUGCAAAUUUGGACCCGCUUUGUAACUUCGACCAGAGGAUAAAGUUGCUGCCCUUAAUGAUGUCUGGACUUGGUGUGCAGUCAUACUCAAAUUCAGCCCAAGUCCAGGAGCAUGUGGAUGAAGGUGUGUGCACUGCACAUGCACUUGACCUUGUGAAAGGAAAGGGAGGGACAGAAAGUGCUUUGGCUUUUCAGCAGACUCUAUGGAAUCCUCAAGAAGUAUUGUAUUGA